AACUGGCGCCCAUAUGGGAUCCUGGCACACUUUAGCCACUAGGCUACCUCACCAGGCCCUGAAGUGCGUUUAGUUGUGUCAUCAGAUGUUCUGUUGUUUGUUUCUUUGUUUUUUAUCUUCUUUUUGGAAAGGUAGAGAGGAAGGGAUAGGGCUAGACUUCCACUUAGGAAAAAGAAGUGAAAACAGCCAGCCUGUAGUUGUCUGGCCUCCAGCCCUGGCCAGUGGCAGCAAUUUUAGGAGCUUGGGGCAUGGCUGAUGCCAAGAAAAGGGUCGGUCAGUAAGCCCACUUGGGCCAGGUGACCCCUGCCAAGGGCUGCUUCAGCCUGAAGCUGCUGUUACUUCCCCCAGUGAGCGCAGGCCCAGACCACACUUGCACCUGGUGCCUCUGCUCCUGGAGAACUCUCAGGCUGGCUGAGGAGCCUGGGGGUCCUGAGAAGAGAAUAAAUAGAAUCUGCCUGGUAGAUCCGGAGUGGGGGUGUCCCUCAGGCCCAGGGAGCCUGGAGGGAUGUGGUGGGGAGGGCCCUGGAGCUGUAAAGCACAGCAGGAAAGUCUACCCACGCCCCCACAGUAAGGCUGUGCCAGGGAGAGCAGCGUGGUCAGGGCCCUGCAGUUGGCCCCCGCAGUCUGAGGCCUCUGUUCUAACCUCCAUGUCCUCACCUGUCUCCCGCUCCCAGGACGGAGAGUAUGAGGCUCAGGCCUCCACUGGCUGCUCGCCUGUGACCACGUCCACCACGGCGGAGUCUUCCAAGCCCACCUCCUGCCGUGUGGUGAUCUACCUGCAGCGGGAGAUGUCGGGGGACACCUGUCUGUGCCCAGCCUCCGGGUCCAAGCCCAAGCUAAGCAGCUUCAAGGGAGGAGGGCUGGGCAACAAGUAUGUGCAGCUCAACGUGGGCGGCUCCCUGUACUACACCACUGUGCGGGCACUCACCCGGCACGACACCAUGCUCAAGGCCAUGUUCAGUGGACGCAUGGAGGUGCUGACCGACAAAGAAGGCUGGAUCCUCAUAGAUCGAUGCGGGAAGCACUUCGGCACCAUUUUGAAUUACCUCCGCGAUGACACCAUCACCCUCCCUCAGAACCGGCAAGAAAUCAAGGAACUGAUGGCUGAAGCGAAAUAUUACCUCAUUCAGGGGCUAGUGAACAUGUGCCAGACAGCCCUGCAGGACAAGAAGGACUCCUACGAGCCUGUGUGCAACAUCCCUGUCAUCACAUCUCUGAAGGAGGAGGAGAGGCUCAUUGAGUCAUCCACCAAGCCCGUGGUGAAGCUGCUGUACAACAGAAGCAACAACAAGUACUCCUACACCAGCAACUCUGAUGACCACCUGCUGAAAAACAUCGAGCUGUUUGACAAGCUCUCCCUGCGCUUCAACGGCCGCGUGCUCUUCAUCAAGGAUGUCAUUGGCGACGAGAUCUGCUGUUGGUCUUUCUACGGUCAGGGCCGCAAGCUGGCAGAGGUUUGCUGCACCUCCAUCGUAUACGCCACAGAGAAGAAACAGACCAAGGUGGAGUUCCCGGAGGCUCGAAUAUAUGAAGAGACACUCAACGUCCUACUCUACGAGACCCCCCGAGUCCCUGACAACUCCCUGCUGGAGGCCACCAGCCGCAGCCGCAGCCAGGCUUCCCCGAGUGAAGACGAGGAGACCUUUGAACUACGGGACCGGGUGCGCCGCAUCCACGUCAAACGCUAUAGCACUUACGACGACCGGCAGCUCAGCCACCAGUCAAACCAUCGUGACUGACAAGCACCUUGGGGAAUCAGGGCACUCCCAUUUUGGGGAACCCCACCGCCAUACUGCUGCUGGCUGGGUCUCUGCUCCAGCACCCACGACAGCCCCUGCCUGGGAGGUCAGAGGGGCUCCCUUAGCCCUCUUCCCUAAGGACUUUAAACACGUGCGUCUUCCUGCCCCACUUAUACUCUGGGAAGGACACCCUGCUCCCCACCUGCUAAGGACAUAGCCCGCGGUGCCCCACUGAGUACCCCUUUGCUCUGUUGCAGGACUCUAGGGAGUCGGGUCAUGCCAGGGGACAGGCAGCUUCUGGUGCUGUGGGGACCCCAUUUCCCUAACAGAAGGGGGGGCUCCUUUUUCCCUAAGGCAUCUAAACACAGGCUUGAUGAGCUUGGUUUUUUAAAAAAAAGAACUAGGAAAUGCCUAAUUCUAUAUCUAGCAGCCAAGGACUGGGCAUUUGUGACCUUCCAGGGUGCCAAGACCUCACCUAAGCCAGAGCCGUGGCCCUCUUGAUGCCUUCGGGCUGGUCUCUGACGCACUUUGUUCUGUUAUUCAGGAGACUGACAUUCUGCCCUGACCCCUUCUUCCCUGCACAGCCUGCCCAGGGCGACAUUCAGAGGCAAUAAAGCAGAUUUGAGCGGCUGUGGCUUGGCCAGCCUGGCCCACAGACACAUGGCAGGGCCCUGUGGUCACAGCUGCCCUGUGACGGAAGGCGUAUUCCCUGUCACAUGCCUGUGACAGUCACUCCUGAUUGCUCUUUGUGAUUCUCUCACCCUUGGGUGCCAUCAGCUCCAGGACAUGCUGUCCUCACAGGGUAAAGCCAAGUGCCAUCACAGGGACAGCAGGAAGGCCUGAAGCAUGUGGGCGCUGGCUUGCAAGCCUGCCAGCUAAGGACCGACCAGCAGCCCUUAUCCCACAGCCUUGUGCUUGGCCAGCCACCCACUCUCCCCACAGCCGUGCUACUGUUCUGUGUCCCAGCUGGGGACAGCGAUUCUGCCCAGGGGUUAGUCUCUGGACCCAAGAUGAGGGAAGCGGCCCGAACACCUUGGAUGCCACCUACCCAUCUUGGGUAGUUUAACUAGAGGGGUGAAGCGCCAGCUGGAGGGCAAGCUCCUCUUCCAAGCUUGAGUUCUCCCUUGUUCUGUUUGACUUGGCCCUGGAGAAGCAGCUUAUCUGAAUUCCUCUGUGAAGGAAUGCCGCUGAGGAGGGCGCUUCUGCCAGCCUCACAGCACAGCUGGCAACAGUCCCCUCACCCCUGCGGAAGUGCAGGUUGUCAAAUUCAUCCUCUUGAUUACUAUGGCUCACUGACGUGGCUGCUCACAGUUGACUCCAAGGAGAAAGCUACAGGCAAAUGACAGGAUGGAGCAGGGCAACUGUGACUUGGGUCAGGCAUUUUGCAUGUUAGAUAGAACAGAACAUACAAGCAGCUCUGAGACUCCUGAAGUCACCUGCUGUGAUAGGGGAGUUCUUCCAGUCCUCAGCUAGAGCCAGGGGACAAAGCCAUUUCUUUACCCAAAUUCAGGCUUUGCCCACAAGGACUGGAGGCCACUGGCCUGUUGUCUCAGCUGCCCUCAUGAAGCCGCCUUCCCCAGAGAUCUUUUCACGCCUUUCCUUUGACCACUGGUCUCCUGCAGCCUCCACUCACUGCUAACAUUGAGGUGCUCAGCCGUCUCGCUGGUGACUAAAUUUCUUCCCUAGAAAACACUAGUGCGGGGACUGGCAUUUCUCCCACUGAAAAUACCUGUUUGGUCUUAAGGAAAAUACUAACAUUGAACUCAAUGAUGUGAUCUUAGCUUCUUUAACCAGGGUCUUGGGAAAUUUGCCCUGAAGGGUUCCCAACCGCAUUCAGGAAGGAGCUUUGGCUGUGUACAUUUUCAAGCUUCAAACAGCCGAGGGGGAAGUGGCCCUAAAAGUACAGACACAGGCCACAGCUUGUGUGUUUCUGAGGAAACUGGACAUCUGCAAUUAAUGCAGACCAGGACCAGGUUUUACUGAAUGUGGGAUGUGACCCCAGCCUGCCUAAAGGCCAGCACAGCUCCAGGCAGGAGUAUCUUUAUCGUAUAACUCAAGAUUUUCUGAACAGCAUAGGUAAUGUAAACACUACUUUAUAAUAAAAUUGUGUUGCACCGCA